UGGCAAUUUUUUGCAUUAUUAACUAUUAUUGAUCGUGUUAAUUGUUUCCAAAGUAUUAAUGUUAUCAUGUUUGUAAUCAAUGGUAUCAUUAGUACACCGACAGGUAUCAAGGAAGAAUCAAUUUUGUGGUUUAACUUUCUUGUUUUUUUCCCAAGUAAAUUAAGUUAAUCAUGGAAUUGAUAUUAUCUAGUGUCUACUUGUUAUUCAUUUUAAUCCAGUUUAUCCAAUGUGAUCCUCAUCAUCCACAUUUAAUGCGUCAUCAUGAACCACCGACCAACAUGACGGAACUUUGUAAUCGCCAUAAAUGGCACCUCGAGAUGCACCAUCGUCGACAUUUGUUUGAUCUCAAGUAUCGAACUUGUAUGUCCCAAGUAUCACUGGAAAAAUAUAAGCAACGGGAAAAUCAAUGUUUAUCAAUCAUGGAUCCAAAGGAUAUUGGUUAUUGUUUAGCUCCCGAAAAUCACCAGAGUAAAUUUGAAUCGUUGAAGAAGUGUUUAGAUGAGACAAAGUUAACCGAAGAAGAAUGGAGCAAAUUAGCGGACUGUAUGGGAUACCGAAAGACUCAAUCGAAGCGCAGAAAACGAGAUAUCCGUUGGUAUUUAUCUCGAAUGAACAAUAUCAGUGAAGUUUGCGACUUUAACAUGAUCGGUUAUUAUCUUAAUCAUCCCUCUCAUUUUGAAGCUCAUCAUGCAUGUACUCUUAAAGUUAUCGGUAAUGAUCGAGUUGGAAAACGAAUUCAGUGUCAUGCCAAAUAUCCGAUUAAAAGUUUAAACGAUUUCCAUGAGAAAUGUAAAUCACCGGAGGAUCACAAGGAAGAAUUUGAUUCCGGAACAGAAUGUUUCAAACAGAAUAUGAUCACUCAUGAUGAAAAAAUCGUCAUAUUGUCAUGUACUUUCAAAGCUCUUGGUGAUCUCGAUCAGGAAUAUGCUUUACAAGCUUUACUCUACAAGCCAUUCAAAGAUUUGGAUGAAUUUUGUAUCAAAUCGCGAAAUUAUUGGCACGACGAGGAGGAAUUGUACAAAGACAGAUUUGAAGCUUGUUCGAUGAAAAAUUAUCCAGCCAAAACAGAGGCACGUUGGGCUUGUGAGACUUUCGACAAAUUUGACCAAACAUCGGUGGAUAAAUGUAUCGAAAAGCAAGACGCUGAAUUUAAGACAAUGAUAACUUGUUUCGGAAGCAAUGAGUAUACACCUGAAGAAGAAGAGACAAUAAAAACUUGUUUAGCUGAUUCUCAGGUUGAAUGGAAAGGAGUACCGAAGAUCCCAAGUACCAUUGAAGAUGCUUGUGUAUACACUUUGUUCCGUUGGUUUGGAUUUAAUCCAGUUUAUUAUCGAUACGUGAAUGAAUGUAUGAAAGAGAAAUGGACACCAGAAGAGUAUAAUAACUUUGAAUGUGGUAACAUACUGACCAUCAAAACAAACGAUCAGUUAACGGAAGCUUGUAAGAGUCCAAAUGAGGAGCACAAGGCCAGUUACCUUAAGUUCCGAGAGUGUAGAGAAGCAAAUGAGCCACCGUUGGAGAAGAUAAAAGAUGCAUUUGACUGUUCAAUGAACAAAAUGAUUGACCAUGUAAACGAUAUGAAGAAAGAGGAAGAUGAAGAUGAAGAUGAAGCCACAUCGGAUUAAGAAAGGGAAAAGACAAAUACCAUAACCAUAAUGGAGAGAUGUCACCAACUUCCAAUGGCUUUGAUUCCACUCCACCCCAGAAGAAGUGGAAACACCAAUCAGUUAAUUCCUUGAAAUUUGACAUGUUUAACAAAUUUGGCAAAGAGAACAAUUUAAUUUUAUAAAAAUUCUAUGGAAGAAAAAUAAACAAAACAAAAAGAAAAAUAAAAUUAUUCCAAUAAAAGAAAAUGGAAAGAAAAUCA